ACACACACACACACACACACACACAUAUACAAGGCUGCUGCUGCUAUACGAGCCAGACUCUCCGAGGUCUCAACUGGAAGGACCGGGAUCUGAACAGCCACCGUGUCGGCAACACGGAAUCCGGCUGGAAAACGCGAACAGGAGGGGUGACUGCCCUUUAUUUUGCUUGGCCUUGUGGAGAAGCAUGUGAUGACUCACGCAAGGCAGAAGGGUUCCCUCAGGCAGAGUGACAGCAGUGCUGAGUGGUGGGACAACUGCCUUCCUUGGCCACAUGGUGGCACUAUGGGCGACGCUUGGUCUGAACGCUCACUGCGAUUUGGAAGGACGAAGAAGAUAAGUGAGAUCAUCAAACAAAAGAAGAAUCCCGACAAGAGGAUGAACGUCAAGAGAGGGAGACCUGAAAAAUCAGAUCAGAACAGAAAACUCAACCGGAAGAAUGACAAGAAACGGGACAGGAAGUUGUAUCCUUUGCGGGGGAGGGCUGGGGUUUCAGAUGGGGAGGGGCUCAGCUGCCAUGUUCUCCUUACCCGAUUGGAGGAAAGCAUUCGUGACAAGGAGAGUUCUGAAAAGAGGGAACAUAAAGAAGGACGGCGACAUUCAUCCCUCAAAUCUAAGCCUAAAAGAGGGAAAAAAGUUGUAAGAAAAGAGGAAAAGUUGUUACCAAAAACCAAAUCAAAAUCGAAUGGCCCAAGUUAUGACGAGUCUGUUCAGGUCCUCCAACCUCGAAAGCGCCGACUGGCCUCUCUAAAUGCAGAGGCAGUCAACAGUCUACUGCUUGAAAGAGCGACUGACCUACAACCAGCCGCCAAACAGGCCAGACGACAUGAAGAGCCAUCAAAUGGAGUAAUAUCUCUGGAUGCAGAUCCAACAAGGACUGGUAUCUCUGGAAGUCUGAAGGCUUUGCAGGGAAACACUGGCAAAACCACCACAUCUCACAAACUUGUAAAGUGCCAAAGCUCUAAGAAGGUCAAGAAGGCUAAAGCCAAACAAGGAGAGAUUUGGGGGAUGAGUCAGGAAAGCCUAGAUGCCCCUGCACCCAGAAGAUUGGCGGGCCUGAAUGCUGCAGCACUUCUUAAGUUAACCAGCUCGUCUGCAACAAGUAAACAGAGAGUAAAGUCUGCACCUACUGCUACUAUCACUUCAGACUGCAAGGCUCCUGCCGCUGCCUCGACCCCCAAACAGCAGACCAGGGUCAAACACAAGGAGCACUCUCAGAAGCAGAAGGGGAAAAAGGUCUUGUCCCCGCACAGCGCCUGCACAUCCUGCAAGAACAAGGAGGACUUUGAGCCUAAAGUGGAGUGGGAUACUGGCAGCUGCACCCAUCGACUGACCAAACCCGGCUACCAGUCACGCAGCAUGCUUGCGUACCCGCUAAAACAAGUGAAGGAAGAACAGAUGGAGACCGAACUAAGCCCAUACUACUGCUGUCCCCCCGAGGGCUCAGUGGAAUACUGCCACCGCUUGGCCUUCUUCCUGGGCCAGCAGCCCUACGGAGAGUCUGACGAUCAGCCUCUAAACUCAGCCAUGACCCCUGUGAAGCGCGAGUGCCUCGUAACCUCCCCUUCCCUCACGCAUUCCCAUCCGCACACUGCCCUGACCCUCAGCCCCCACCCCUGCCUUUGCACCGCCGACCACUGCUUUUCCAGCUACUACGUCCACAUCGCCCACCCGACACACACUGGAACAACAUCAUCGAGCCUGGCCCCACGACCACUGAACUUUGCCCCCACCAGUCUAUGCCCUAACCGGAUGACGGGCUCCAAGCUGCUGGAUCCACGGGUGUCCCACGGCUCAGGGCUGCCCCAUCCCGCCUACUGCAACUCUGUGGCCUCACCCUGCUAUGGUGACGCCUGCGGAAUCAGUGGAUACACCUACAGAGCUAUGCCUCCUGUUACCAGCAGGGGGUGCUCUUUCAGCACAGGAUGCACUGGAUGCACACACGCCAUCAAAACAGAGGGUUACUCCUCCCCUCAGGAUGACCACAGCCCCUCCCUCCUGGUGUCCCCCUCCAUGCCGAUGUCCAGCUGCCCUCUGUCCACUGGGCCCACUUCCACCCAGACCAACCUGCUGACCCCUCUGUCGGGACGAGACCAGCCCCCUGCCAGGUUAAAGCUGGCCAGGGAAUGUCCUCAGAGCCCCAAACCCUCCAACGGAUCCUUGUCUGUCGUCCGCACACGGCCGAAACAGCCGUCGCCCCCGCCAAGCCUCAGCAGCACCAAACAAAAGAGAAUCAGCCGCAGACGGGCUACCAACGGCUGGCGGCCUGUCGGCAUGCCUUCAGAGAAAGAGGUCUUCAUUGCGGGAGAGGAUGAGACAGCCCUGCGGCAGUGUUAUGAAGGAGUGGAGAGGGACGGUGAAGUGAUACAUGUCAGAGACACUGUGCUGCUGCGAUCAGGCCCCAGGAAGAAAUCCCUCCCAUAUGUUGCCAAGAUAUCAGCGCUGUGGGAGGACCCUAAAACAGGAGAGCUGAUGAUGAGUCUUUUCUGGUACUAUCGACCUGAGCACACCCAGGGGGGCCGAGAUCCCAGCGCACACUGUGAGAAUGAGAUUUUCGCGUCUCGGCAUCAGGAUGAAAAUAGUGUGGCCUGCAUAGAAGACAGAUGCUACGUUCUCCCACUUGCCCAGUACUGUAGAUUUUGUGCCUUUGUGAAGCGGCGUGCUGAAGGUGCCCCACCCAGCAGUGCAAGUAUGGUGCCCUGCGGACCUGACUUUGCCCCCCCCUCCCACCGCUGUGUGCCCACCGACGUCGACCCCGAGCUGGUGUAUCUCUGCCGGCACGUCUACGACUUCCGCUAUGGACGCAUCCUGAAGAACCUGCAGUAGAAGGCAGUGGGGGAGGGGGGGAUUCACACCGAUGAAAUAAUCACAGAGUAACUCCCACCUUCUGCACAGAGGUGGUGUUGCUGAUGGACUGAACACCCAUGUCUUCAGAGGGAAGAGGGGGGGGUUGUAAAUUAUUCUUGAGGGAUUCAGAUGAAGCAAAAAGUGUUUGUGACACAUAAUGAAGCACAGAUCCCUUUAGUCGACUACAGAGGGCGCUACAAUGUGAGGCAGAGCAACAAUUUUUCCCGGUUUGUGGGAGCAAGGAAGAGAGAAUUCAUUCAUCAGUUUGAAGAUUUCAGCUUCCACAACAACCGCCCCCCACCACUUUUCUCCCCUUUGCCUGCCAGGAAUGCUGAACACCAGACUGAACUGGCCAACGUUCAGGCCUACAGUUCUCCUGAAGCAUCUCAGCACAACAAUCAUGUUUGUUUCUUUUGUAAGCUAAGGCUCAGGAAGAGUCCAGCACUAAGGUGCUUCAGGGUGAACACAGGCCUGCACUGUCAGCUCCAUGUUAACGCUGCUCAACCAGCCAGGGUGAAGGAGCAGCUAAUCAAGAGCGGCGUCUGAUUUCUCCUGGUCUGUCUCACUCUCUCUCUGUGUGUGUGUGUGUGUGUGUGUGUGUGUGUGUGUGUGUG